AAUAAAAAUACCGCAAAAACGAAUUAAUUUGGAUAGGAAAAAUAUUCUAAAUCGUCGAAAGUUAGGAAUAUCGAAUACUUUCGUCACCGAAUUACGAUUACAGUACUCCAUUCCCAAUAUUUUACGCAAAGUAACGUUUAAAACUGAGGGAGAAACAGAUUCGAGUGGUGGAUGUCGCUGUAUAAAUAUUAAACGAAGAGCUUCCAUCUUCCGUCGCCAGGUGGCAGAUGUCUUUUUCGGCGGAAGCUGGAGAUUGUCAGUCGGAAUGAAGCUGGCCUAGAGAUGAGACAGCUUUCCCUUUCGUGUUUUGGUCGUUGGUGACUUCCAUCCCAUACUUCGCUUUGUCUUACCCGCAAUGGAAAUUGGAAAACGAAAACACAACAAGAGUUUCCAGGCAUAAAAGAGACGAAGUAACGUUUAAAACUGAGGGAGAAACAGAUUCGAGUGGUGGAUGUCGCUGUAUAAAUAUUAAACGAAGAGCUUCCAUCUUCCGUCGCCAGGUGGCAGAUGUCUUUUUCGGCGGAAGCUGGAGAUUGUCAGUCGGAAUGAAGCUGGCCUAGAGAUGAGACAGCUUUCCCUUUCGGUAGGAUUCAUGCACAGCUUUUAACAUGGUCAAAAGGAGAGCUUCCAGCUCUCACACAAUAGGGAUAACGACUUAAUGGUUUGAGGUGAUGGAUUCCAAAAUUCCCAAAUUUCUAGUGUUUUGGUCGUUGGUGACUUCCAUCCCAUACUUCGCUUUGUCUUACCCGCAAUGGAAAUUGGAAAACGAAAACACAACAAGAGUUUCCAGGCAUAAAAGAGACGAGGACGAAGGCAAACAAGGGGCUUAUGGUAGAGGUGUUGGGUUUUUUAUCGGAGAACCAUGCACGGAUAUAUGCAACAAUAUUUUAUUUCAUGUUUACUGCAAUUUGACAACCAAAAAAUGUGAAUGUCACGAAGAAUAUCCAGUAAAUAUAGAAAAUAGAAAAUGCGUCAAAGUUGCGAAGAUAGGAGACGAAUGUCAAUAUAGCGAAGCAUGCACCCACUACGAUGAACAUUCUGUGUGUCAUCCGGAGGGAGACUGCAGAUGUGAUGAGAAGUACCAGAGCCAAUUCACAGAAACGGGAAACAUAAUAUGCAUACCAGCAAAUCCAAACGGAAUACUCGAUAACUCCGAUUUUGCAACUUUAAUAAGCGUAGUUGCAGGAUUGAUGAUAUUUACUGGUCUUUUUUGCCUUGUGCUCAAAUUAUUCAGCAGGGCACGCUUUAAUCGACCACGUGAUCGUCUCGGAAACGCUUCUGCUCCUUCCGUUGUCAUGACAGGCAUGGACGCAUCAGGAUCAUCUGUGAUCGGCUCUAGGCCACCUUCGCGUACAAGUGGAUCCCGGCGCCCAAGCUCUUCAUCUGUUCGUUCUCAGCUUUCUUUACGCAGCCACUCGUCUUUUCGAUGUCAUCGAAGUCACCGCGACAUUGUUCGAAGGACGUUAUCUUCACCAGCCGAUUCUCAUCAAAGUCCACAAAAGACCAUAUCUUCUCAAAACAGCACAGAAAUAACUAAACAGCCUUCUCCAGAGCCACCAGAUGAUCAUCUAAACCACAUAUAAAGAAAGUGAAGAUUGAAGAACACGGAAGAGUGGAUGGCGCUUGCCAAGAUGUUACUUAAGAAGUAGAAGAAGAAGAAGAAGAAGAAGGGGGAAAAAUCAUUUGCCUUACCUCAUUCAAUCCAUUUAACAAAUUUUUGUUUUUCAAAGAAAUACCGCAUUGAAAUCAAAAUUGAGGGUUUAUAAAAACAUCCCUCAUCUCAUCCACAAUAUAUUGUGAAUGCACAAAAGAAAAUCUCCCAAAGAAAUUGAAUGAAACUGACUGCACAAUUCUUAAAUGAAAAUGAACUGUAGAAAUGAACCCUCACCCAAUUAUAUAUAUUGGGAAUAUGUUAUCGGAUUUUUUUUAUAUUUGAAUUGGGCAUGUCUUUCUAUCAAUUGUUCAAUAUCAUCCCACAUCGUCUCCCGAUUUGUCUUUUUUCGGAAUUUUUGCUCUUAUAUAGCUAUAUCUUGUACAUAGGAAAUAAAAUAUUAUACUUCUACAUUUAAGAAUUUUUCUAUUAUAAAAUAAAAAGUAAAAGGAACAUAAUUAACUUGCUUUAAAUUCGCUGAUACACGUUUUGAACAGUGUGUUAACUCCUGUGAUGAACAUACAAUUGGCAAUUAUCUUGCGUACGA